GUGGACACCAUGAUGCACAACCUGAGCCUUCCCAAAGUGGAUAUUCUCAUUGUCGACACUGAGGGCGCUGAUCCAGCAGUCCUCCGCGGUGCCGGGGAUGCCUUGCGCAGCGUGAGAUAUUUGAUGUUUGAGACUCAUCGGGAAAAUAUGAGUGUGUCCAUCCUUGGGGAUGACGAGGACCUCAAGGGAACAGCCUGGUCGAAAGAAACCAUCCAUUCUGUGGUCAGCAAUCUGAACUCCCGUGGCUUUGAUUGCUACUGGGCUGGCGCCAACGGCAACCUCGCCAGCAUCACCUGGUGCUAUCACACGUCCUUCGAGAAGGUGCGCUGGGGGAACAUCGCCUGUGUGAAACGAGGCGAUGUGUGGUGGCAGGUUAUGGAGGGCUUCGACCCAAACGCUCGCUUCACGACGUCGCCGCAAGACAAGCCCCUGGAAGCUCCGACCCAGGCUCCGACCGAGGCUCCGACUGAGGAACCGAUGCCCAAGGUGCAGCCAGAGGAGGCCCUUUUUUGGCCAGAGUUCACGCUUCAGACCACAGUGGGGCCUUUCAAUGCGACGGUCAUUGACAGCAAAGCCAUCAACAAUGGCGCCUUUGUCCAACUGCCGGGUGUCCAGAAACGUUGCGCCGAUCCGCGGAACCGGCGCAUCAAGGGAUGCAAAUAUCCACGGGAACGUGCCCUGGGUACCGUAGAUUUGGUGAAUGGUGGGGAAUUAGGCUGUAGAUAUGCCUCUCUUGAGAUGGUGCAGACCAUGGUGCCGGAUCCCUUUUGCGAAAUGAAGCGAAAAGAACAGUCCAUGCUGGUGCUCCUUCUGAAUCUUCACUUUUGGCUGCUGAUUCCCACUCUCCUCCACCACCGUUCUGGCGAGUCGAUCGUGUCCGGGGCAGAGGAGCCCGCCAACCCACUGAGCCUCAUUGACAGCGCCGCCGUCGGCGCCGCUUUUAGCGACGUCGCGGUCGUAAGCGCCGAGACGGUGACGGUGACGACCAUGCCGGCAUCGACUUCGGAGACGGAGGCCCCUCCGGCCAUGCUGCCGCCGGCACCGCCAAGUUGCCGCCAUUCAUUGCAGAGGCGCUGCGCA